GUUUAAGAUCCAGUCCAUCCAUCCUUCAGUACUCCCCUGACUCGGAGUGGGCCAGAGGACAAAGUGAUCAUUGUUUCCCAGCUGACGAAGAGUUUUCCACUUCAGCCGAGAUGCAGUGCAGCUGUAACUCCUCAGUCGGGCACCUUUCAUCGCCCUACUGGAGCCGAGCAGUGCUGUUUCCUGACUGGGCCUACAAACCAGCCUGGUCUCCUGGCUCCAGACAGGUCCAGCUAUGGCACUUCCUGUUGGAGCUGCUCGGCCGCGGCGAGGGCGGAGCCAUCGGCUGGGGAGGGGAGUGGGGCGAGUUUAUCAUCAGGGACCCCGAGAGGCUGGCCAGGCUAUGGGGGGAGAGGAAGGGCAAACCGCACAUGAACUACGACAAGCUGAGCCGGGCGCUCAGAUACUACUACAACAAACGCAUCCUGCACAAGACCAAAGGGAAAAGAUUCACCUACAAGUUCAACUUCAGCAAACUCAUCCUCGUCAACUAUCCGGGAUACCUGCCUCCGUCCAGCCACCAGCUGGUCCACAGGGCCCCUCUACCCUUUCCGUUCCUCCCCGCUGAGAGUGGCCUUCCUCUCUGUGGAGGAGUAGGAUCAUUGAUGGACAGAGCUGUUCAGACUCUGCCUCACCCCUUCCUGCUCCCGGGCUUCCUCCCUAAACCGCAGCCGGUGCCUCAGGCCCUCCACGGCCCCUUCCCCUUCAUCUCCGCUCCCGCUCACCCGGCGGUCGACAAGACAGAGCCCAGGGAGUCGGGUCUAAAUGUAAACGGCUGGCCACACAGAAGCUUCGCAGACUGGGACGUGAAUCCCCACAUAGGCUGGAACCUGUUAGGAGGAGAGAAGCAGGAGGAUGAGGACAGAGAGGGGAAAGAUGCAGAUUAAGGAUGAGGAAUACAAAUGAAAGACUUUCUUUCAAUGUAAUUAUUUUUUGUCUUUGUUUAGAUUAUUAUUGUGAUUUAGUGUAAUACCUGUGAUUUAACAUGUAUACAGUUUUUGAAUUGUUUAUUUAUUUUUACUUUGUGAUCCUUUUUAAUAGAACUACUGAUAAAGCUCCUUCGUUGAUGUAGCAGAAUUGCAACUAAACUUGUAAACAAGUUCCAACAUAGUACUUGUGUUUUGGUGAAUAAAUCAAUGCACUUACAGUGUGCAUUAUUUAACUGU